GUAAAGGGACUCGGAGAGUUUUCCCCCUCCUUUGAGUUGCUGUGAGGAAAAAAAGACAUGUUUUACGGAGGGAAAAUAAAGUAAAGCCCGAACAGACAGCAGCCAUGGACGGCAGUGUGAUUUUAUUCAUUUUCGUAUUUGCCAUUUCAUCUGCGAACAGCACCGUAAAUCUUUCUGUUGCCAACUGAAUCUUUCCAUUGGGUUUGGAAAAAGUCAGGACAGGAAGAGACUGUGAGAGGAAGAGGAAGAGAAGGGAGGAGUGAGAGAAGAGCGGACACAAAAAGCACUGAAGGGCGGCACUUUAAAGGAAAGGGGGGGACGAAGACGAGGCGAGUGGAAAAAGAAAAAAGGAUGAAGCAGGUGAAAAAGCAAGGAGGGCGCUCCCCUACGUUGGCCCGGGCCAAGGGGGGCCGGAGGCGGGGGGCAGAGGGGGAGAGGAGAGACCGAACCAGGGACGGUGCUGACGAGCAGCUGCAGACCGCGAGACAGACCCCGCCCAGUUCUCACACCUCCGAGGAGGAGCCAAUCAGGGGCGGCGGAACCCCCGACAGGGAGGGCCAGAGGGAGCAGGGGCCGGGGCGGCCGGAGGACCGGGAGAGGGCGGAGGGCGACCGGGGGGCCCCUAAACCAGGGGGGCCGCACAGCAACAGCAGCAGCGCGGCCAGCGCGGGCAGCAGCCCCAACCCCUCCUCCAACCGCAAAACGGCCACCUUCAAGGCCCGCGUGCCCAAGAAGAAGUACACCUACGAGCACUGCUCCCUCACGCCCACGCACUGCUCCCUGACCCCCACGCACUGCUCCCUGACCCCCACACACAGCGCCCUAGCCCCCACACACAACGCCCUCACCCCCACGCACAGCAGUACCUACAACCACAGCGGCAGCAGCAGCGGCAGCCAGUCGGCGGCCCCCAGCACGGUGACGAGUGAGGACAGCGCGGACGCGGACGCUCUGAGCCAGAGCGGGGGCCUGCCGGAGGACUGCAGCGCCGGGCCGGCCCGUCACAAGGCCGGGGGCGCCGGGGAGCGGCUGGGGGAGAGAGGGCCCGAGGGGGACGCCGAGGGCGAGGGGGCCCCCAGCUCCGUGAGGUCCUCCUCCACGGACACGGCCAGCGAGCACUCCGCGGACCUGGAGGUCCCGCCGCCCCGUCUGCAGCCCAGCCCUCUCCCCUCACCCCCCGGCCUGCCCGCCCGGCGCAGCCCCCCGCCCUGGAGGGACGGCCUGCCCGGGGGCCUGGAGGACGCAAUGGCGAAGGGGCUGAAGAACCAGCGGGUGCUGGCCCGCCACCGGCGGAGGACUUGGGCCGGCGAGGCCCCGGAGGAGGACAGCAGGGACAGGACUGCCCCGCCCUGCCCCGUGUUCUGGCCGGGCGUGGUGCGGGGCGUGAGCGGGGAGGGGCGCACCGUGGGGGUGCAGCCCAACGGAGACUCCACCCUGCACCACUACCCCUUCAAAGGCACGGCGUCCUGCGACUCCGUGGACCUGGUCCUGGACGCCCAGCCUCCCGGCUCCAGCCCCGUCGCCAUAGGGACGCGGGUGUGCGUGCCGUUCGGGGGCGGGGGCGGCGAGGCGGGGGCGGGGCAGCUGUACCGGGAGGGCGUGGUCUCCCAGGUGGACCCCCACCCGGCCGUUUCGUUCCCGUACCGCGUGAUGCUGAGGGAGGACGGGGAGGUGCUGGCGGACCAGGCCGCCGGGGAGGAGGAGAGGGGCAGGGCCAGCGCCCAGGCCGUGUGGGUGUCCCGCCAGAGCCUGCGCCUCCUCAUCCCGCCCUGGGACCUGCCCCAGCCCGAGGGGGGCCGGGAGAGGGAGCGGGAGGACCGGGAGCGCGAGGAGAGGGAGCGCAGGGAGGAGAUGGAGGUGGAGCGGGAGGUCAUCCAGCUCAGCAUCGGCAUGGCGUUGGGCGGGGCCAGGCUGGGCUGCGGCUUCCCUCCGGGGGGUGUGACGGGACCGCAUUUCGGCUCUGCGCCCCCCUCCACCGCCCCGUCCGGCGCCCCGAACCUGGCCCACGGCCUGGCCGCGGACCGCGACCGAGAGCGUGAGCCCCAGAAACAGCCCCAGACCCCGGAGGAGGACAUGGAGGUGUCCCACUUCAGCAUGGUCCCGCUGGCCGGGGGCAUGGGGGGCAAGCCCGGGGGCAUCCUCCAGCACCGGCAGAUCCUCUCCAAGCCCCUGGGCUACCCCGGCCCCCAUCUGUCGGUGGUGCGGGGCGUCGGCACGCCCCUGGGGCCCCACCUGAUCGCCGGCCCCCAGCCCCCUCCCGUUUCGGCACUUCUGGGCCCCGAGCUGGGCGUGGGGCCCCCUCACCUGCCGCCCCUGCCCCCCUCGGCCGGCUCCCGGAUGGAGAAGGCGCCCUCGCAGGCCCCCACCCCCACGGGCGGGGCCCCCGGGGCGGGCGGCUCGGGCUCCUCCUCCUCCUCCGCCUCCUCCUCGCGGUCGCGCACGCCGCUCACGGCCGCGCAGCAGAAGUACAAGAAGGGCGACGUGGUGUGCACGCCCAACGGCAUCCGCAAGAAGUUCAACGGCAAGCAGUGGAGGCGGCUGUGCUCGCGGGAGGGCUGCAUGAAGGAGUCCCAGCGGCGCGGCUACUGCUCCCGCCACCUGUCCAUGCGCACCAAGGAGAUGGAGGGCGGGGCGGAGCGCGACCGGGGCGGGGGCAGCAGCUCGGGCACGGCCACGCCCUCGGACCUGCGGCCGGGCGGCGGGAGGGGCAGCAGCGAGUUCGACUGGGACGAGACGUCGCGGGACAGCAGCGAGGCCAGCAGCCGGGGCGGGGACUCGCGCCCGCGCCUGGUGCUGCCAUCCCUGCUGCCGCAGGACUUCUCCCGCUUCGACCUGGAGGAGUGCGAGGCGGCCACCAUGCUGGUGUCGCUGGGCAGCUCCCGCUCGGGAACGCCCUCCUUCUCGCCCGUGUCCAACCAGUCGCCCUUCUCCCCCGCGCCCUCGCCCUCGCCCUCCCCGCUCUUCGGCUUCCGGCCGGCCAACUUCAGCCCCAUCACCGCCUCGCCCGUGCUGCCGCCCCGCCGCCACCGCCACCUCAGCGGCACGGGAACGCCCAAACUGGGCACGCCGGGCGCCGAGCGGGACCGCGAGAGACACCCCUCGGGCAUCCUGCCCUCCUUCCACACCAACCUCACCUUCACCGUUCCCAUGAGCCCCAGCAAGCGCAAGGAGGCGCCCUUACCCCCGCCGCCCCUCGCCCAGGACUACCCCAAACCCGAGCUGGAGCCGGCCGACCCCGCCCUGGGCCUGAGCCCCGCCGCCUUCCGCGUGCUGUCGCCGCACUCGCAGCCCCACACCCCCACCUUCUCCCGCCCCCGCGGCCUGACCACGCCCUCCAGCCGGCCCCCGUCCUCCAGCGCCACGUCCUCGCCCCCGCCCCUGCUGGUGUCCCCCACGCCGCCCUCGCCCCUGCCCCCCGACUCCGGCCUGCGCCGCCUGGUGCCCGUGUCCCAGCAGCCCCUGCGCGACUCGCCCGUCAUCGUGCGCAACCCCGAGGUGCCGCUGGCCAAGUUCACGGAGCGGCCCCUGGCCCGGGGGCCCGCUGCGGGGAGCCCGGUGGGGGGCAGGGGAGCGGCCCGCUCCAGGGAGAACAGCCAGGCGCCCCAGCAGGCCGCCGGACUGCAGAUCCCCGUGCCCAUCAACGCCGCCUCCACCAACGGGACGGCCCUCCUGCACGGCCCCGCCUCCUCCCUGCCCCCCUGCCACCCCGCCCAGGCCGGCCCCGCCGUCUCCAGCCCCGCCGCCAGCCCCUCCCUCAACUCCACCCUCGGGGGCCGGGACAGGGGGGGCCACGGAGGCUCCUACGGGGGGUCCCUCCAGCAGCCGGUGCCCUGCCACCCCUCCCCAACCGCCCUGCUGCCCCUCAUCCUGCCGGCAGAGUCCCUGCACCCCGCCCCCCGCAAGGACAUCAUCAUGGGCCGGCCUGGGACAGUGUGGACCAAUGUGGAGCCCCGGUCUGUGCCAGUGUUUCCUUGGCAUUCAUUGGUCCCUUUCCUGGCACCCAGCCAAUCAGAUCCAUCAGCCCAGCCUCCAGAGGGCCAGCAACCUGUUAACCACCCACAAGCACCCAAUCAGAACAAAGAGUUGCAGUGCGGCUCGGUGCUGCUGAACGACGGCAAUGUGGUGGCCGCAGCCGUGGAGAGAGGGCUCCCAUCCCGCCCCCCUGAUGACCCCCUUCCAGAGAGAGAGAAGGACCGCGACCGGGAGAGGGACCCUGAGAGAGAGAGGGGAGACAGCGAGACGGAGAGUGACGUGGACGACCCGUUCUUUCCCAGCGUGGUCCCUGACCCGGCGAUGUCCGUGUCCCCUGUGAAGAGACGCACGCAGUCGCUGAGCGCCCUGCCCAAAGACAGCGACAAGAACAGCCCCAACAAGAGGGAGAAGGACCACAUCCGGCGGCCGAUGAACGCGUUCAUGAUCUUCAGCAAGCGUCACCGGGCGCUGGUGCACCAGAGGCACCCCAACCAGGACAACCGCACCGUCAGCAAGAUCCUGGGGGAGUGGUGGUACGCUCUGGGGCCCAAAGAGAAGCAGAAGUACCACGACCUGGCCUUCCAGGUGAAGGAAGCCCACUUUAAGGCCCACCCGGACUGGAAGUGGUGCAACAAAGACAGGAAGAAGUCGAGUUCGGAGGGUCGCGGGGUGCCAGCGGGGAAGGACAUGAGGGAGAGGAGCAUGUCGGAGACCACCGAACCUCCACCCGUGUCUCUUGGGGUGGACAUGAAAGGGGGGCCCGGGCUGGUGGGCGUGGCCGAGCGGGGCGUGGGGGAGGGGCACUCCGGACAGCUGCCCCGCCCCCGCGCGUUCUCCCAGAGUGCCGUGCACAGCCUGGAGAGGAGCGAGAGGGGGAACAGCCAGGCGCUGGCGGAACUGGCGCAGGUACGGGGAACAGCCGCUGGGACCUGGAAGAUGUGUGGGGACGGAGGGGCCCAGUUCUCCGGCCGCCCGCCCGCGCUCUCUCGCUCCCAGCGCGGGGUGAGCGAGGACAUGACCAGCGACGAGGAGCGCAUGGUCAUCUGUGAGGAGGAGGGAGACGAUGACGUCAUCGAGGACACGUUCCAUUGCAGUGCCAUUGAUCUGAAGUGUAAGGAGAGGGUGACAGACAGUGACAGUGACAACGGCUCUGGGGAUGAGACUGACCACAAGCGCGUCUUCGCUCCGGUGAUCUGCUCCUCCUCCUCCUCCUCGCCCUCCAUCUCUCACUCCUCCUCCAUGGGGCGGAGCGCCUCUCUCUCCUCCUACCCCUCCAAGCGCUACGGCGAGGGGGGCGGCGGAGGGGGCAGCUCCGAGCGCAAGAGGAAGAGAGGGAUGGAGAGCGGCGGAGUGAAGGAGGGGAUGAGGGGAGGAGGCGGAGGAGGGGAGGGAGGCGGAGCCGGCGGCGUCUCCCUGUCCUCAGGCCAGUCGGUGAUCUCCGGGGCUCCCGUGGGCCUGUCCCCUCUGCUGGGACUGGGCGGGGUGCGUGUGGCCUCCACUGUGGUGACCAACGUGGUGCGUCCUGUGGUGAGCACCCCCAUCCCCAUCGCCAGCAAGCCCCGCGAGGGCCGCGCCCCGCCCAGCCCGCUGCCCCCGGCCCUGGCCCCGCCCCAGGCCCAGCUGCUGAUUGGACCAACGGGAGGGGGAGGAGGCGGGGUGGCCGGAGGGGGCGGGUACUACUCGUCGUCCUCCCCCAAUCCCGUAGGGGUGGGGGCGGGGCAAGGGGGGCUGCUGACCAAUCUGGUGCUGGGAAGCGCUUUCCCCGCCCAGUCCACAGUGCAGCUCAUCACCCCCCCGCCGCCGCCCGCCCCGCCCCACGGGCAGAGCAACGGGCCCCUGCCCCUGUCCCUGCUGCAGCCGCAGUUCGUCCCCGCGCCCUCCCUGGCGCCCCCCGCUGGCGGCAAGGCCGUCACGCAGGUGCAGUACAUCCUGCCCACCCUGUCCGCCACCGGCCACCCCAAGAGCCCCUCCCCUCACCAGACCGGCAUCUUCACCCUGCCCACCGCCCCGCCCACGCACGUCUCCCUGGCCAACGGGAAGCAGCCGGGGGCGGGCCAGGUGGCGGGUUACGCCUCCAGCCCGGCGAUGGGAGUGGUCAGCUCGGGAGCCAGAGUUCAAACGCAGUCCCCAGUCUUGCAGGGCAAGAUGUUGGUCCCCAUGGCGACGGUGCGGGCAGCACCUGCUCCCUCUCAGCAGUUUCCACUGGUGGCCCCGCCACUUCCUGUUCAAAACGGUGCGCAGCCAGGAAGCAAGAUAAUCCAGAUUGCCCCCAUGCCGGUCGUCCAAUCGCAGCUCCCGUCUGGGGGGGCGGUGCAUCCUGGGAGCCCCUUUCCAGUUUCCAUGGGGACGGCCACGGUGAUGGCUCCAGGCUCCGCCCCCUCACAGACUGUGCUGCUGCCGCCCCCGCCCACGAGGUUUACGUACGUUCAGUCCACUCCAGGAGGCCCCACCCCUUUGCCUCUGGUGUCCACGACGACCGGCUCCUCCCCACAGCAGACCCCUCCCCUUCCAGGGUCCGCCUACGUGCCAUCGCCCCUGGCAACCCUGGGCUUCACUGCUAUAGCGCCCCCUGGCCAGACGCUGGUGCAGCCACUGAUCGCAGGUCAGCCUCCUUUGCUAGCAUCGGCGCAGUCUCCUAACUGCCCCCCACUGUCUUCUCUACCCACCCCCACCUCUGGAGCCGGGGGGCAAAUAGUUACCGCCAUUUACCCUCCCCCCAGCGUCACCGUGGCAACGGGAGUGAUGUCCGUGACGACGGUGCCUCCCAGCGUGGUGUACACGGUGUCCAGCCCCUCGAACCUCUCCCCCCACGGUCUGCCCAAACACACACACAGCCCCCAGCCGGAGAGAGUGUUACACACGCACACGACCCAGCCCGAGAGACCGUCGCACACGCACACGCCCCAGCCCGAAAGACUGUCACACUCGCACCCCUCCCAGGCUGAGAGACCGUCGCACGCGCACACGCCCCAGCCUCAGCCCGAGAGACCGAUGCACGCGCACGCGCUCCAGAUGGAGAGGCCGUCGCACGCGCACCGCGCCCCAGCCCCUGGCGGAGAGGCCCGCGCACACGCAGUCCCACCUGGCCAUGGAGAGGCCCCCCCACAUGCAGGCCGAGAGGCAGCCCGACGCGCUGACCACCCGCAGACGGACAGACAGGCGGACCGGCCGCCCCAGCCCUGCAGCAAGCCCGGCAGCGGCUCGGUGGUGACCUCCGGUGGCUCCGUGGCGUCACUGCGGGCCGGCAGCCCUCCCCUGCCCUCACACACAGGCAGUGCGCCGGGCACACCCAAGCUGCCCCCCGUCCUGGCCAGGACCCCUCAGAAAGUGAAGGCUACAGUCGCCAACAUCCCUGUGGGCAGCUACGAAGGAGGGGGUCGAGGGAGGGACCGGGACCGGGAGCGGGAGAGAGAGAGGGAGAGGGAGAGGGAGAAGGACAGAGAGAGGGAGCGAGAGAAGGAGAGCUUCAGCGCCGGCAGCCGUUUCUCUUUCGAAGUGGAGAAAAGUGCGGACACCGGCUCCCCCCUGCCCCACCUCGCUGAUGAGGGCCCUCCAGACACGCCCACCGAGGGCCACGGCCCCGGGGACCCCAGCGCGGGGCGCAGCAGGGACGGGGCCAAAGAGACCGGGUGGAGGGACUCCCUCCCCUCCUCCCCCUUGCCUCCUCCCUCAGGGGCGGAGCCGGCGCUGCCGCCCCCUCAGAGUGACAAGGAUGCCCCCGCCCCCAAGAAGGUGAAGGCCCGCCCCCCGCCGCUGAAGAGGACCUUCGACUCUGUGGACAAGGUUCUCUCGGAGGUGUACUUUGAGGAGCGCUUUGCGGAGCUGCCAGAGUUCCGGCCGGAGGAGGUGCUCCCCUCCCCCACCCUGCAGAGCCUGGCCACCUCCCCCCGCGCCAUCCUGGGCAGCUACCGCAGGAAGAGGAAGAACUCCACGUGUGAGUUUGGAAACUUCCGGUUCCCUCCUCCAGACCUGGACUCCUCCACGGAGGACCCCGUCUCCCCCAAGAGGAAGAGCAGGAGGAGGUCCAGCUGCAGCUCGGAGCCCAGCACGCCCAAGAGCGCCGCCAAGUGUGAGGGGGACAUCUUCACCUUCGACAGGGCAGGCACUGACGGGGAGGACAUCUUGGGGGAGCUGGAGUUUGACAAGGUGCCAUACUCCUCGCUGCGGCGGACCCUGGACCAGCGCCGCGCCCUCGUCAUGCAGCUCUUCCAGGAGCACGGCUUCUUCCCCUCAGCCCAGGCCACGGCCGCCUUCCAGGCGCGGUACGCGGACAUCUUCCCCACGAAGGUGUGCCUGCAGCUGAAGAUCCGCGAGGUGCGGCAGAAGAUCAUGCAGACGGCGGCGCCCUCGGAGAGCGGGGGCCUGGGCCUGGUGGGCCUGGACCCCGCCUCCCUCCCGGGGCCCUCGGGCGCGCAGCCCGGCGAGGGGGCGGAGCCGGCCGACAGGGAGGCGGAGCCCAGCCCCUCCGCCGAGCACCACAGCGCCGGCGAAUCGCAGGACUCCGCCAGAUGAGCGCCGCGGAGACGGGACGCACUCUUUUGAUUGAUUGGCUACCCUCCAGGUCCCGCCCCCCCCUUUCUGCAUAAGCCACGCCCCAGCCUCUGUCCGCCUGCCUCUCGGUGGUUCAGCGGGAAAGAGGGUCUUUUUUUUUUUUAGGCUUCGGAAGGGAAAUUUUCGAAUGAAAAAGGGACAGGGUCUUUUUAAGUACACACCCCUCUCCUGUUUUGCACUCUUUUUGGAACACAGUGGCACAAACAUCCGUAGAUACACGCACGUCACACACAGCAUACCAUCACUACUGACUGACACAGUGACCCACAGGACUAGCAUUAGCGCCGCACCGUUAAUACUCUCAGCACUCAUUUUAAGGCUUCCAUUAACACGGACAGACGUUUGGACCGUUUUCCCAACGAUAAACUGUUACACUGCAGCGAGAACUUUGCCUAAACUGUGGCCACGGGUAUCUCUUCGCCGGACCGACUCCUUUUGGCACACGUGUUUUUAUUGGUUGAGCCCACAGAGGAAGCGUUGUGAUUGGCUGCUGAACCGGGCCAAGGACACGGAGUACCCGCUGGUUGGAUAGUACACGCUGUCAGUCACAGGGCCUGUUUCCUGAAAGUGCACAAAAUGGAGGCCUCGCCCCCCCCUGCUGGUGGGCCGGUGACGCGGAGCUGAACAUUCACCGCCCUGCCGGUGUGCGGAACUGGGGCAGAAUCUGGGUCACGUCAGAUGGCUCUGGAGCUGGGAGCGCUGCCCUCCUGUGAUUGGCCUAAGAGACACCAGCUGGGACAGACCUGCGCUCUUGAUUGGUUGGCCAUGAGGGAAGGCGCGGGGGGGGCACGUUUGGGCUCCGGAUUUGACGGCCUCGGCGGUCGAUGUUAAACGCAUACUUUUAUUCCCAUAAAACGAGACCGAAGAGUUUUAAAACGUUUUCUUUUUUUUUUUUAAAGGCGACAAACUUGAUUUUAAUUGACUUGCGUGAUCCUCCAGUUCAUUAUAUGUUAUAUUAUUAUUACAAAUACUGUUCCUUCUCUUGUUAUUGUAGCUAAUCCUCAUAACCUGCCGAUCUAUCUUUAAAACUGCUAGUCUCUCCUUCUCACCUGGGGAGGGGGUGGUGGGGGCGGGGCACGCGUAGGAGACCAGCGCUCUCUUUCUCCUUCACUCCCUCUCUUUCAGUCUUCCCUUUUUACCUUCUCUCCGUCUCCGCCGCCACGGCUGCCGGAGAGAGAAGCGCGUUCUUUUUAAAUUGUUGCCGGGGAGGGCUGGGGGGGGGGAAAGCGUUCCGUUAGAUGCCCUCAUCCCCCUCUCCCAUCGUUUCAGAGCUUGAUCUUAUCUGUCCAUUAUUAUCCCUCCAUCUCUCUUUCCUCCCCCUUCCUCCUUUUGUCACUUUAUUUUUUCCCUCUCUCCUGCGCUCGACGGUUGAGUGCGGAGGGAACGGGGGAGGGGGGCACAGAGAGUGGACGGGGCGUCUUCACAGACCGGGUUGUCUUGUACAUAUUUACUGUAGAGUCACCAGACUCACUACGACAAUAAUAAUAAUAAUAAUGAUGAUUUAAAAAAAAAAAAAAAAAAAAAAAAAAGCAUAAUUCAAUAUCAACGACAUUACAGGACAUUAAACUGUAAAAUGGAAAAAAAUAAAUGAAUAUGAAUAUUAACACUUUGUGUUACUUGUUUUACUCGAAGAUAUACAUAAGAAGUCUAUAUUAAUAACUUGAGUUUGUAUCUAUUCAGCGUACGGUUAUGUUUACACACUCGUGCUUCUCAUCCGGACGGGUAAAUGAAGGUGUUUGUGAGGUGUGUUCUGAGGAGGAUGGAGAGAGAGAGAGAGAGAGAGAGAGGGAGGGAUAAGAUAGAGAAAGAUAGAAGUGGAGAAGGAGGAUGCCAGACUAUAUUUAUCCUAACCUUUGGGGAUGUUGAUUAAAUGGGAUUUUGCAGUUGUAUUGUGUCCGUUGUAAAACACGCACGGUGGGGUUUCUGUAGGGUGUACGUGUGUGAUGCAGUGACUGCUCUAACUCUGGAAGGCAGACGUUUACCUUUAAGGGUGGCAAAGGCCAGUCUUUCCGAACUGGCAUGUUGACCAUGUGCAAUAUUUCUUACGUUAAAACAGGUUGAUGAUAAUAAAAACAUAACUCAUU